AUUACCUACCUUGCGCCGCCUAAUAACGCCAAUGCGAUACUUGCGAUGAUGCUUGAACGCGUCCAGUAUCUUCCCACCUUCUAUACCCCUAUAUAACAGCGCUCCACAAGCAGAGCCACGAAGACUCUGUAGAGCACUAUAUAUACCUCCACACAGAUGACAUGCGAAAUACUUCAUCGUGGACCAAUGGUCCAGACGGAGCCGGACCAUCAGCUGCAAAGAGUCCAGCCGAUCCAACGAUGAGCCCCGCGCCAACACCGCUUACGGCUGUUGUACAUCAUAGCACUGAUGGCGAGCUAAGCUCAGAUAUUGAAGACAAGCGCAUGAGAAGGAGUAUCACGUUCCAGUACCUCGUACGGAGAUAUAUGUCGCAGAUCCUCUAUGGAUGUCAUAAACGCAAUUGCACCACUCCCAUGUGUAAAAGCGCCCAGAUACGAGUCCGAGACACGCCUUAUAAGCCGCCGACCGUACUCACCGCCCGUAUGCUUGCGUACUAUCUCGCUGCUCAAGAUGAUCCGGGGGCCGGCCUUUGCCAACAUGCGCUACACGUAUCCCCGUUUGAUAUUGGUUGUGAUGCGUCAUCAUGGCUUUCGCGGCACGACACAGGAUCGGCUCAGAUGCAUGAGCCAAAAGGAACACCACACAAAAAAUCAAGUACAUUCUGGUCGAAGCUGGACGCGCAGCAUGCGCCACAGCUAGAUAAGCUAUCAUUGAGCCAAAAUCUGUUCGACACAGUGGCGUUAAUAUAUUUCUAUUUCAAGCGCUUUCCAGUUGUCGAACUUUCGAGCCAUGCAAAUCCAUUUGUCCAGCAAAAUUGCUCGCAGUUCAUUCCGGUGGAUAAUGAUGAGACUCAGUCGAAGCUAAAGCUUCACAAAGAAGAGAAAGAUAUACUGGAACAGCGAAAUAUUAGGGUGUCCGAUACUGAUGGGGCUCUUCCUGCUGGACAGAAAGGCUCAUUGGAUGACGGACUUGGUUGUGAGCAGUCCACACUGCGGUUCAAGCUCCCAAGCGAACUCGCAUCGACCAAGGUGGGCAUUAACCAUGGGAUCUCUGAAGCAGGCGGUGCCUCGGACAACAUGAAGUCAUCAUUUAGCAGGGAAUUUCGGGACACACCUAGAAAGCUUCCUACACCUAGACGGCACGGAAGCGAAAAGUUCAUACCACCUCGCACGUUGACGUGCGCGACCAUGGAGAAGUUAAAGGUCUUGCUUUCGUCGUCUUCACGAUUGGACAAAGCGCUUUGGCGUGGAUAUAUGACUCCAUACUCUCAAAAUUACUUCAAGGCACCAGACCCUACUAUCGCGGCAGCAGAGAUCUUUCUUAGACGAUCAUUGAGCGACAUAGAUAGACUUUUGCAUUCCUUUGCCGAUCGUGGCUGUCCUCUUAUUCAGUCUCCACUGUCUCAUCUAAAUCCCACGAAGCUCGAGAGUGCUUUUAGAGGAUGGUCUCGCAUCAAUGGAGCUUUCAUCUUCGAUUGUCUUUGGGAGGCGUUGGAACCUCUCUUUCGACCGCCGCCAGAGAUCAUUGUAGACGGUAAAGAACCUCGUUUACGCACCCCUCAGACGUCUGUUUAUGGAGAUCGCGGUAAAAACCACACAGCACGUCUUGAUACGAAGAAGUCGGCUGAUGGCCCUCGCUAUAUACCUGAUUGUGAAGCGGCAUAUGUCAUUAUCAUCUGCAUCCAUGCUCUGACAUCUCAGGUGCCCAGAGGCUCCCCAUCAGUGUGGCCACUAGUUCGAGAACGGUCUCAUGGUGUUCACAUACCUGCUUCGGCAACAAAAUCUCUUCCAAGACCGCUUGUAAAGUCAUUGAUAGAGAUAAUUGAUGCGAUGCAAUAUGAGCCCGCGUUAAGAUUGGCCGAGAGAUUGAUACGCGCAAUCUCGGCACGGCGUUGUUUCUUUGAGAUCCUGAACGCACUUGAAGGGACUGAAGGUAACAAUACCGCAUUUGAUCUCAUGCGUAUGGUCUUGGAGUAUCUUCAAGAAGCAGAGAAGUGUCGCCGUGAGAUUAUCGACUGUCAGCCGGAUACCCCAGAAGAGCACGAUGGACCAGGCUGGUCCGUGUCUGCUGUGUGGCUGGAAUGGCUGAAGACCAUCUGCGUGACUCACUGGGACAAAGAACCGCUGAUCAAGAGGUGGAAUGUCGUAGGUGGUGCUAUUGACAUGAUGAACGAAAUGGCGUGGUACCGUCCUCGAAUGCCCGACCUGACAGACGAAAUACUGUACGACAAGAAACCGGUCGAUCAAUUUGGUUUGACUGCUGAACUCUUUCGCAUACCUUAUUUCUAUGCCAAUCUGGACAAGGUUAAAGUUCCCGGACACUUCGCAAGACACAUUCCUACUCCAAACCAUAGACAUGUUCUCAACUAUCCUUUUCUCUACAGCUCCAAGGAACUAUUGGUACUCUUUCGGACUUUCAACUAUUCGAGAAUGUUCAGUACAUAUGAGACAGCGGAACGUUCUCGUUGUCUUAAUCAGAUGCUGGACGUGCUAGCGCGGCCCAACCAUUCACCAUGGCACUCAGCUUUCAAGGAUCUGUUAUCCCGCUAUCUACUCUUGGAUGUUCGCAGAAACCACGCAUUAGAAGACAGUUUCAACCAGCUUUGGCACUUGAGCGAAUCCCAACUCUUGAGACCUCUUAAGGUACGCAUUGGCGCUCUCGAGGGUGAAGAUGGCGUCGAUCAGGGCGGUGUUUCGCUAGAAUUCUUCCACGUAGCUCUUGCAGAAGCAUUUAACCCUGACAACGGAAUUUUCACUACUGAUCCACACACACGCAUGACAUGGUUCAAACCAGCGUCUCCGGCCUCUUUAGCACACUGCGAACUCAUUGGUCUCUUAUUCUCCCUGGCCGUAUACAACGGGAUCACGCUACCGGUGACGUUCCCAAUCGUAUUUUACUAUUUUCUAUUAGACUUGAGUACGACACAUUCAUGUUUGUCAUUACUGCAGGACGGCUGGCCAGAUCUCGCGAGGUCCCUCCACCAGCUACUGACUUGGGAGGAUGGCGAUGUGAGUGAAAUUUACGGCGGUUCUCACGAAUUCACGUUUGACGCCUUUGGCGAGACAAUCACCGUCAACAUGCUUGACCCGGCAAGCAGCCAGACCAAUCCACGUACAGACCGCCUGCAGGUACUCAACAAGGUGUACGAAGGAAACGAUCGCACGUAUGUGGACCCUCGAUCAACUGACGAGGCUCCUCUGGUGACAAACGACACUCGAGCGCAGUUCGUCAAUGACUAUAUUUUUUGGCUCGUAUACCAGUCCGUCGCACCGCAGCUCCAUGCAUUCCGUCAGGGCUUCCUGAGGUGUCUCGACCCGACCAUUCUCUCGCUUUUCGACCCCGUCGGUCUGCGCAAAGUGAUUGAGGGAUAUCAGUACAUCGACAUGAAUGAGCUUAAGUGUGUUGCGAAAUAUGAAGAUGGAUAUGCGGCGGACCACCCUACCAUCGCACAGUUCUGGAACAUUGUGCUGGAGUAUGACGAUGUGCAGAAGGCGAAGUUACUGGAGUUUGUGACGGCGAGUGAUAGGGUGCCGGUCGGGGGGGUUGGCAGCAUGAUGUUUGCGAUUGUGCGGAACGGAGGCGACUCGGAGAUGCUGCCGACGAGUAGUACUUGUUUUGGCAAGUUGCUGCUGCCGGAGUAUGCAGGGCAGGAAAAGAUGCGGCAGAAGCUGGAGCUGGCGUUGAGCUAUUCCAAGGGGUUUGGGGCUCUAUAGGGCCAAGGCUCAGAAGAGCAGGUUUGGGAAGAGACGUCGUCCCAUUGAUUUUGGCUGCUCGAAAGGGUUUGACCUAAUGUGUUCUUCAGAUGAAAAGCAAGAGAUCGACAUGGUUCAUUUCAUGAGUUCAUGAGGUUCUUCAGUGCAGCAAAGUGAAUAUCGCUAUAACAAACCCAAGCAACGAAUAUCGCGUCAUCUCCCUCAUUCCCUCACUCUUCGUCUCAUCAUCAUCUUCAUCAUCAACAAGUCCUAGAUUCACUUUUGGCAUUCAUUCUGCCUUAUUCUCACCGCUACUUCCCACACCUCACUCUGGCCGGCCCUGGCUCCGCCUGGCCGCCAUCUAUAUCAAGUGAGCUCCCUCUUCCUCUCUCCUACCUUUUCCCUACCUGCGACCUAGUCUUGGAACACUGAUAUCGAAGCG